AUGGAGGCGAUCCAAACCCAUCCUGUGAGCGCUGCUCAGGCAAAGGCCUUCACCGCUCCCGGCUCGCUCUCAUUCCCUGGCGGCGCUCACGAGCUUCCUCCCGCUGCGAACGGCGAUAAGACGGCAGCCAACGGGCAAGCUCCCAUUGCCAACGGCCAGCAAGUCGCAAACGGUACCGGGGUGACUCCCGCGACACCUGCCGCGACGCCCGCUGCCACGCAAGGUGGCAGUGGCUUGACUCCUACGUUGCAGAACAUCGUUGCGACGGUCAACCUCGAUUGCCGAUUGGACCUCAAGACGAUCGCCCUGCAUGCGAGAAACGCAGAGUAUAACCCCAAGCGUUUCGCUGCCGUCAUCAUGCGUAUUCGCGAGCCCAAGACCACCGCUUUGAUCUUCGCCUCUGGCAAGAUGGUUGUUACUGGUGCGAAGUCUGAGGAUGAUUCGAAGCUUGCAUCGCGCAAAUAUGCGCGUAUCAUCCAGAAGCUGGGUUUCAAUGCUAAGUUUACGGAUUUCAAGAUCCAGAACAUUGUUGGCUCUUGCGAUAUCAAGUUCCCCAUUCGUUUGGAGGGUCUUGCUUCGCGCCAUCACAACUUCAGCUCUUACGAGCCAGAGUUGUUCCCCGGUCUCAUCUACCGCAUGAUUAAGCCCAAGAUUGUGCUGCUCAUCUUCGUGAGCGGCAAGAUCGUUCUCACCGGAGCCAAGGUCCGCGAGGAAAUCUACCAGGCCUUCGAGAUGAUCUACCCUGUGCUUCAGGAUUUCCGCAAGGUUUAA